UCCUUCCGAAUUCGACUGCCUCCCCCACUAAAACGUCAGCGGCUUGAGGUCCCUGCUCGUCGGACUCAGCAACUGGCAUUGGAAGCGAAGAAGAACAGUCUUCACAAAGCUCUCACCGAUAUCGAGAAGCUGAUCCGGUCCAAACGCGAUGUCUUCGAAGUCAGCUCAAGCGGACUGCAGGCGUACCGAGCACGGGCGAUCCAAAGUUGCUUGCAGAUGGUGGUCCAUAACAAACGGAAGCUUAUCGAUGCGUCCGAGCGGGCCGCCGAGAGUCAAGGCUUCGCAGCGAAAUGGGGUGGUCGUUUGGUACGGCGCUGGGUACAAGGCUGGUGGAAAACGAGACAAUUGCCAGUGUCGAAGAGGGGCCGACAUGUCAAGGUCUACACCCUCCUCGGCGACCCUUCGAUCUGUGCCGAGAUGCGCUCCUAUGUUCGGUCGAACAAGUGGGCCAUGGAUCCUGCGAAGCUGGCUGAGUUCAGUCAACAGACGAUGGUCCCUGCAGCGGCGGAGGCAUAUGCAAAGCAGAUUGUCAAGCAGGAGAUACCGCAAGGUCUCAAACGUUACCUCGAGCUUGAGCUCUUCCCUCGUAUCCACUUCAAACCCGGCCGUGGCAUCUCACUCCGUACCGCACGCCGGUGGCUUCAUCGGGAAGGAUUCCGCUUCAUGGAGCAUAAAAAAGCAAGCUGGGUAUUGGAGGGCGAGCAGCCUCUGAAGAAGAAGGGCCAAGGUCGUGGAAUGCAUCAGAGCGAAGUCAUAUGCUCGACAGUUGGGUGGCUUACGGAUGCGGGUCAAUCUAUGGAAUAUGGCAAGAAUUAUGAGGGCUAUUGGACGGGUGAGCUCUUUGUGAAGCAGGUACGUCCAGAUCAUACCCUCAUUCUCAAAGAGAAGAUUAUCCCAGUGUUUGAACGUGUGCAUGGGCCGGGAUAUCAGGCCUUGAUCAUGGUGGAUAACUCUCAGGGGCACUCUGCAUAUGCAGAGGAUGCUCUUCUCGUCUCGAGGAUGAAUCUCAAGCCAGGCGGGAAACAGGCACGUCUGCGUGAUGGUUGGUUCAUGCGGGAUGGCCAGCGAGUCCCGCAACAGAUGAAUUUCCCUGCCAAUCAUCGAGACAAUCCGGGCCUUCAAAAGGGAAUACGGCAGUUCCAUUGUGAGCUCAACUUCAUUGAGUUCUUCUGGGGCGCGGUCAAACGCUAUCUUCGGGAGAACUGCGAUUAUACGUUCAACACUCUCAAGGAGAACCUACCGAAGGCAAUGGCUUCUGUCGACAUCAAGACUAUCCGACGAUGGGAACACCGAACUGUACGUUGGACCGAAGCAUACCGAUCAGGGCUGGGGGUGAAGGAGGCACAGUUCGAGGUCAAACGGUUCAGCUCGAAGCGGUACACCUCCCAUAGGCGAGUGCCCGAGACACUUGCGCGCCAGUUUGACAAAUAG